AUUUUCAAUAAAAUUAGUAAGGGGAAAUAAUUUAAUUAAUUUCUUUCAAAAGGAAUAUUAAUUUGUCUAAUGCAAGGAAGGAGAUUUGUAAUACAUUAUUUUGUUUUAGCCUCAACAAUAAAAUGCUUUGUUUGUGAUAAAUAUGGCGUUUGCAACGAUGGUGAUUCAGUGAAAUCUAAAUAUAAGUUGAUGGAUUGCGGUGGAGUUUUUCAUGGAUGUCGAAAAAUAACUUUUCGAGGCGAAGUCACUAGAACAUGCACAGCGCUUUCAUUCAACAAUUGCACCAUUGGAAAAGACAUCGAAACAUGCAUAUGCGACAGUGAUGGAUGCAACAGUUGCAGAAAUAUGAAGAGCGAAACUAUCCUUGUUGUAUUUAUCACCGUUAUCGCGAUGACAGCGAUAUACCAAUAAUAAAGAACAAAAUGCCCGUACCAGCAGUAAAUAGUAUAGAAAAGCGCUAUGGGCACAUGAAUAAAUUCACUGUGUGAAAAGCCCGGCUAAAAAGCUCAUGUUGGUGUUCAUAGUGUUGGUGUUGAGGCAUGGAUUCUUCCAUUUCAACCAUUAGAUUGGUGGUUCCCAGA